UAUUUUCUAUAAAUAGCAUCUUAUAACAACACUUGUUUAUAUACACAUCUCUUAACUAUGGCUACCGUUACAAAGCACUCUGCUUUGGUUCUCAUAUUUGUAAACCUUCUAGCUCUAACCAGCGCCAACAAUGCCAUUGACAACUGCUGGAGAAAAAACCCGCAAUGGAGGCGAAACCGGCCCCAACUCGCCACCUGCUCAGUUGGUUUUGCUGGAAAGAUGAGUAGUGGCAAUGCAGGAAGAGGUCUCAUAAGAUACGUAGUCACAAACCCAAGUGAUGAAAACCCCUUAAGUCCAAAACCUGGGACACUUAGAUAUGGAGCUAGUAUGAUAAAAGGAAAAGUUUGGAUCACAUUUCAAAGGGACAUGCGUAUAACUCUCCAAAAGCCACUACUCAUUAGUAGCUUCACGGCCAUUGAUGGCAGAGGUGUGAGUGUUCACAUUGCUGGAAAUGCUUGCCUUGUUGUGGUUCAUGCGAGUAAUGUGAUAAUCCAUGGGCUUCAUAUUCACCACUGCCGAGCCCAGGGCCCGAGCAGUGUGAUGGGUUCGGAGGGAAAUGUUGUGUCGAUGGGUCAGGCUGAUGGUGAUGCUAUUAGAUUGGUUGGUGCUAGGAAGAUAUGGAUUGAUCAUAAUACUCUGUACCAGUGCCAAGAUGGACUUGUUGAUGUUACUCGUGGCUCUACGGAGGUAACUGUUUCGAAUAAUUGGUUUAGAGACCAAGACAAGGUUAUGCUUCUUGGUCAUGAUGAUGGUUAUUCUAUGGAUAAGAAUAUGAAGGUCACUGUUAUUUAUAACCAUUUUGGUCCAAAUUGUAAUCAGAGAAUGCCAAGGAUUCGGCAUGGUUAUGCACAUGUGGCCAAUAACUUGUUCAGAGGUUGGAGUCAAUAUGCUAUUGGAGGAAGCAUGAGCCCAAGUGUGAAGAGUGAAGCUAAUAUCUUUAUUGCACCCAAAUCGGGGAAUAAGGAGGUAACUUGGAGAAUGGAUACAGUUGGAAACAAGAAUUCAUGGAAGUUUUAUUCAGUGGGAGAUGUAUUUGAGAAUGGGGCUUCUUUUACAGGAACAGGGUUUAUGGGAGCAAACCCAAACUAUAAUCCUCAACAAAAUUUCAAGGUUGCAAAUGCCAAAUUUGUGAGAUCCUUAACUAGUUCAGCUGGUGUUCUUCGGUGCACUAAACGAACUAAAUGUUGAAUGGGCUCACAAAAACAAAUAUUAUGAUACAUAAAUAUAAUUAUAUAUAUAGGCGUGUAAUAAAUAAGCUGUUGUGAGAUGGAGUAGUAUACAUUUUUCAUGAUGUACAAGUCAUAUGUAAAUGUUCUCUACUCGUAUAUAAAUAAGUAAAUAAAAUAGUAGUUAAGAACUUAA